AUGCGGAUUUGGAUGCGCCCUACCAAUACGGCGACUACCGUGGCCCUUACCGUGGAAACAACCGUGGCAAUUACCGUGGCAAUUAUCACGAAAAUUACGGCGAGUAUUGUGCCAGGAGAUAGUACACAAUCGGCUCUCAUCAGAAUCACGGAGGACAUGCGAAAGGCGAUAGAAGAGGAGAAGAUAACGGUGUUGGUCCUGUUCGACUUCAAAUGUGCCUUCGAUACGAUCGAUCAUGCUACACUUCUCGCUCGGCUGCGGGACCUCAGCUUUGGUGCGGGCGCGCUGCGGCUGCUGCACUCGUACCUGUCUGGCAGGAGCCAGGCGGUGGUGGAUACAGACGGUGUGGCCGCAGAAUUUGUCGAGUGUACAUCGGGGGUGCCUCAAGGAUCCUCGCCGGCUCCAGUGUUGUUUGCGGCUUACAUCGACACUGUCGUUGCUGCGCUGCGACACUGUGCUGAUACCUGCAUGCUCUUCGCUGACGACUUACAAAUAUAUUUGUCUUGUGAGCCAGCCGACCUCAAUGACACGAUUGGGCGUCUAUGCGAGGAUGCUCAGGCCGUGCUCGAUUGGUCUCGCCGCUGUGGAUUGCGCCUCAACGCCCAGAAGACGCAGGCGAUCGUAGUGGCAUCUGACCAGCGACAUAUGAGGAUGGACAUGGGUGCCUGCCAGUCCCUGGUGGUGGAUGGCGUGGUCGUGCCCUUUUCACCACGGGUUCGCGACCUGGGUCUGGUCAUCUCCAACAACUUGGCCUGGACUGCUCAGGUGAACCAGAUAUCUUCGCGGGUCCACGGGGUGCUUCACCGACUGAGAGCGCGUGCAAGGAUAUUGCCGACCAGCGUGAGGUCUAUGUUGGUGUCCUCUUUGGUCUUGCCUCACUUUGAUUAUGUCUGCGCCGUUUUGCGGUCCCUACCGGCCCAGUUGGACAUUAGAUUACGGAGGCUUUUCAACACGGCUGUGAGAUUCAUCUACGGACUCCCACGAGACGCAGCCAUGCUACCCUACAUCGAGAGGCUUGGUUGGCUGACACCUGCCCUGCGCCGUGAUUAUUUCCUCGGCAUGCAGGUCCAACGGUCCAUAAUCUCGGGGAGGCCGCCCUAUCUCAUCGACCUUCUGCCGGUGCGUCGCGUGUCGACGCGUGCUCUUUGGCCCACCACGGUCGAAGUUUUCCAGCAAGACAGGAUCUCGACUGAGACAUAUGGAAAUGGGUUCAAGAUGUCCGUAGUCAGAAUGUGGAAUGGGCUCCCGCGAGAUAUUAUCGAGCUACCCUCGCUGCCAGUAUUCAAGACUCAACUUAGGAGCCAUCUCAUGCAGCGGAUCGGAGAGAGAUGA